GGUGUGGAUGUAGACAUGGCAUCAAGGGGUGCAGAGGCACCGACAAUUGGAGGGGCCCACAUGACAGAUAACAGGUCACCGUGCUGGGGUGUGGAGGAGGAGAAUACCGAGGUGCCUAGGGAGAAGGGUGCCAAGGCGGAGGCUCCUAGGGAGUAA